AUGUUCAAAUACGCUGUUGUCAUCCUGGCCGUCGUCGCCUGCGUUGCUGCCAAGCCCGGACUCCUGGGUGCUCCUCUAGCCUACUCUGCUCCCGCUGCAGUGGUCGCUGCUCCUGCUCCAGUCGUGACCGCCACCAGCAGCCAGGUGAUCGCCAGGAACUACAAUGGAAUCGCCGCUGCUCCAGUGAUUGCUCCCGUGGCUGCUCCAGUGGUCGCCAAGUACGCAGCUGCUCCUCUGGCUGCUCCUUUGGCCUAUUCCUCCCCUUUGGCUUACUCUCCCCCCUUGGCUUACACCGCUCCCCUUAGCUACGCCGCUGCUCCCGCACCACUCCUGAUCUAAUCAAAUAAAAUGUGAUACAGUAUUAUAAUUGACGAAAAUAUUAUGAUGCUCAACUAUUAAACUCUUAAUUUAA